AUGGCAGCGCUCCAGCUCCUCUGCUCCGCCACCACAUUUCCCAUUCUCGCAUUAAUGUUCCUUCUUUUCCGUUGCAUCUACCGACUCUCCCCCCUCCAUCGCCUCUACCAUAUUCCAGGUCCAAUCCGCGCCCGUCUCACUUCGCUCUGGCUGACCUAUCACUCCUGGGCUGGCGACGAAGCUUCCACCGUACACUCUCUCCACCUCACCUACGGCCCUAUAGUUGUGGUUGGCCCAAACGCAGUCGACAUCGCCGAUGGUGCCGCACUGUCCGAUAUCUACGUUGAAAAAGGCGGAUUCCGCAAACCAGAAUACUACCUGAACUUUACGGUCGAUGGCUACCGGACCAUUUUCUCCGAAGUUGAUUCUGCGGCACGGGCCUCCAGGGCGAAGGCUGUCUUACCGGUUUUCGGUCCGCUGCGAUUGAGGCAGGGAAGAGAAGCAGUGUACGCAUGUGUGCAGAAGUGGAUUGACAUCAUCGGGAUGGAAGCCAAAGUUGGGCGGCCGGUGGACGUGUUGGGAUUGUCACGCAGUUUCGCGAUUGACGCAGCCAGUGAGUAUUUGUUCGGGCAUUCGUACGGUGCAUUGGACAUUGAUCGAAGGAUGGUGGCCAAGAAGGCGAGAGGAGAGGAAAGAGGCCGCGCUGAUGGGAUGAUCGACGCGUUCGAUGCAGUCGGGCGGUACUGGUAUUUACCGCCGUGGGCUUAUGGCUGGGUGGACUGGGUCAGGAUCACCUUCUUCGCGAAUGCUGCUCUUCGGAAGACUUUUCUAGUGAUGGACGCUUACGUCAACCAAGCAGUCGAGGGUGCGGCGAAUGCGGAGAAGAGCUCCCUAGCUGGUAGAUUCCAGGGCCGGCUCCUUUCUGCUGGUAUCACUGUGGGUGAAACGAAGGCGCAGUGCAAAGAUGCCCUACUUGCUGGUGUGGACACCACAGGUUACAACCUUGCACACAUCAUAUUCCAGCUGGCGAAGCAUCCCGAGAUAUAUCAAGCUCUCAGAAAGGAGAUACAGGACAGCAUUCCUACAGAUGAUCAGGUCCAGUGCCUUCCUUACCUUCGAGGUGUGGUACAGGAAGGACUUCGAAUCAGCACCGCCAACCCAACACGGAUCCCUCGCGUUGUCCCCCGGUGUGGUUGGCACUUUAGAGACACAUUCUUUCCCUCCGGGGUAGAAGUUUCCUGCUCCUCAUAUGAGCUGCAUCAUAACCCUGCGGUCUUCGACUGUCCUCAAGAAUUUCGACCGGAAAGGUGGCUCAAGGCGAGUAGAGAGAUGGAUCGAGACUACAUCCCCUUCGGGGUGGGUUUUCGACGGUGCAUUGCGAUGAAUCUGGCGUUGGUGGAGUUAUAUUGUGCCAUUCACAAGUUGGUGGAGUAUGAUUUGCUCUCGGACGCACAGCCAUGUGAAGACGGCAUCGAGCUGAAAGAAUGGUUCAAUAGUAAAGUGGUGGGUGGAACCAUCGAUUUGAAGUGGGAGUCUGGACAUGAGUGA